AUGCACAUUCCAUCCUUUAAGAAACAUGGUCAGUACAAACUGCAAGCAACAAUUGAAAAUUUACAUGAACAAACUGAAGAUUUAAACAUUGAUAAAGAAAUGGUUAUGUGUGUGCUGGAGAAAGGAAAAGAAGAAAUUAAAAACUUAAAAAGACGAGAAGAAUUCAUUGAAGAACAAAAUUAUAUGUCACAUCUGUCACAAUUCCGCGACGAAAGAAAUAAUAACUGGACACGACAAGGCUAUUCUCACAACACAAAUCGUGACCAAAACAGACACCAUCCGUAUGACAACCGUUGGCAGAAUAAUAGUUACAGAGAAAGAUCGCUUUUCCAUAGUAAUGAAUGUGACAGAGACAACCAUAGAAACAGACAAUAUGGGAACCAAAAUAAUUAUUAUCAAGGGAGACAGAAUAACUUCAGACGCAACGGUCCACCACGCUGUUACGAUUCCGGGAGAAAUUCUCCAUCACAUGACCGACAAACAAGAAACUAUGUCAACUACUGA